GCUUUGUUGUUAGACGUUUGAAUGCAUUUUUUUCCAUUAACAUUUUUUUUACCAUAGGGAUAUUUUUGUAAAUUUACAAUUUUUUAAUAUUUUUUUCAGGCGACGAAUAGUAAAUUGGGGCGACAAAUAACAACACCUGUUUAUUAUCAACUUUAAUAUCUGGCUUCCUGAACCCAUCCUCUUACCCUCGUCGCUCUGGUCAAAGCCACCGGCCACAGCUCUCGCAUCCUCGCCGGCGUCACACCCACCGGCCGGAGGCUAUUUCUCAGAAUAAUUCGACAUUAUGAGAGUUUUAUGGAGAUGGCACAAUGUUUUGAUUCGGAAGAAUCCGAUUAUUCAAUCUACAAUAGCAACGCAUUCAGCGUCAUUCCACUCGACUACUACUUUCUUUGAGAAAUGGAUAAAUAAAUUUGAUGCUGUAAGAUUCUUCUAGUUUAGCUUUCGUUUUUUUUUCUUUCUCAUUAUGUGUUUGCUUGUCUUGAACUUGCUAUUUUCAAUCAUUUUUCAGUUUUUCUUCCUGAUUAGUGGACUUUAGCAAACACAUGUCAGUAAAUUCUGGGUUGUGUUAAUCUCAAACAAAUUGGUUUUCUUGAAUUGAGCCCUGGUGUUAAGGUUGUAGCUUGUAUAGAAUUGGCUUUAGUCCAAGUGUUAGGCAGUCUUGUGGACGCAACCUAUAGGUGCCUGUGUGUGAGAAAUUUUAUUUACUUAUUAUAAGGACAACUAUUAUUUCUUCAUAUUAUAUAAGUAUUGUCAUAAACAUAAGUAAAGGUUGUAGCUUGUAUAUGAUUUAUAGCUGAGGUUUUUGUAGGAAACCUAUUUUAACAGACUGGUAGUGAAAGCGGAAACUUGAUUGGAUGAUGAACUUGUUACUUGAUUAUCACUGGCUCCUUAAGAUCUAGAGAAAAAAUGGUGUUGACCGUGAAAGAAACUUGCGUGGCGAACAAACAUGUGAUUUAGUGAAAGGAUAUUUCGUGUGUCAAAACAUCUGCGAGAAAUUAUCCCAAGAAGGUUUGAACUUUGUAGUUGGUUGAUCCACCACUUGAAAGUUAUUGAACUCAGUAGAUGUUAUUUGUCAGUUCAGUGUGAAUAAAUAAACAAAUUAGACAUGUGCUGGAUUAAUUAGGAUGUAGGUGAAGGCUGUGCCAUAUCAAAUAAUUGUUUUAGUAACUCUUUUAGGCUUGUAGCGUGAAUCUGGUGCCAUGUAGCUGUGAGAUCCUUUUUACAUGACGUUAGUGUCCAGUUGGCUGAGGAAUGUUGUGUAUACACAUAUUGUGUUCUUUUAGAAUUUUGUUAUAUUUUUUGUCAGUUUUUCUGAUUAUUGUGUGUCCUUUAUGUAGUUCAAAAGACUUGCUAUGAUUGCCUUGAUGAAUUUUCCAUGGAUUUCUUCAAAAAUUUGAAACCCCAUUAUUAUUACACAUCUCAGAAAAUGAAAAUGAACUCAAGAAAAGACACAUUUUUUGAACGUUGGGAUAUGAGGGAGGUUGCAGUUAUGAUAGGUGUUGUGUUAUUUUUUGUGUUUUUUGUAGAUGAAUUAUCUAAGUCGGGGUUCUCUGCAUUUGUAUGUUGCAUUAUGCAUUUGGAGCUUUAAUAUUGCAGCUUAGGAGAUUAUUUAUUUAUUAUUUUCUUUUAUGACAAUCAUGGAUUUACAUAUUAGUUACUUUCAUGAAUUUACAUGUUUAUUUUAACGUCUAUAGUUAUCCAAGCUUGGUAUGGCUCUGUGGUGCCAAGUUAUUGAUAUUUGCUUCAACUGGAAAGGAACUUAACAUUUAACCUAAAACUACUACCAUUGAAAGAUAAAUGCCGAAGGUUGAUAUAACUGUCAUUGUCUUUGGUAUUUUAAAAUAAUCGUAAAAAAUGCAAAAUAUGCAAAAAUUAGUAAAUAUGAGAAGGAUAUGAAUUUUCAGAGAUUUUAAAAAUCUUACAAACAAUGAUCACUGGUGAAAAAAUUUAUCACAUCAGUAUUAUUUAUCACUCUUUUACUUUAAAUGCAAUCUCUCUUAUUAUUUGAUCUAUUUCACUUCUGAAUGAUCUCUUGACCACUAUUAUUUGGGAGACGGAAAUGGUGAAAAGAAUAAAUAAGCAGUUGCACCCUAUUUGAACCCUGAAAAAUAUAUGGCUAAUAUAAGGAUGCAAAGAGAGAAAAACAACAGUCAAAGAACUACAUAAGAUAUGAGGUGAGGCAGAAGCGAGCUGGCACGAAAAAAGCGCUUAAAAAUAUACUCUUCAAAGGGGGUUGCUCAACAUCAAGAGCCGAGUCAUUCCCGAAAAUCGAAGUACCCUAUGAGGAACAAUUAAACAAGAAACCCCGAGCAAAGUCUCGUCAAGAUAAAAGAAGUCAACAAAAGAAAUUGAGACGUAAACGUGAGAGAGAGUAUUCGUACGAAGAUUUUGACGACAACCCAGAAAGAAUGUUCCAUGCUGCAUUUGGCAAACAUGGGUUUACUUGGACUUUCAGGCCCACUGGACUACCGUUUGAUCGGACAGAAAAUUUUGAGUGGAGGAACAAUAGAUUUGACCAACAGGGCAGUGAAAGUAGGAAAGGAUAUUGUGAUAAUUCUUUUACUGUAGGAUCAUAUGAUGAUAGAAAAGUUCUUGGCUUACCGACAGCUGGUCCUCUGAAAAUCGAAGAUGUUAAGGCUGCUUUUCGAGCGUCAGCUUUGAAGUGGCAUCCUGAUAAGCAUCAAGGUUUGUCAAAGGAAGAUGCCGAAAAGAAAUUCAAGCAUUGUGUUGAUGCAUACAGAUCGUUAUGCGACUCUUUAUCGACCGGUUGAGCUUUUUUUUUCUCCCUGCUCUUUUGUGCGGUUAUGAUAACUUAUAAAUAUUUCCCUCCAUUUUCAUUUGGCAUAGCUCGUUUAGCUUCAUAUUCUGGUGCAAAUAGAGAAACACUUUAAUUCUUUUCACAUAAAUGAUUUGAUAACUGAAUAAAAGAUAUUAGAGAGGGGCAGCCAAGAUAAUGUCUUUUUUUUUUGUGAAAUGAAUGUGAAUCCUUGUUCUGGAUGCAAAUUGUUUCUUUAUCAAUUACAA